GACGAUGAUCAAAUUCCUAUUUCAAUUCGCAAUCUUCUCAAUCGCCCACAUUUUUCCUGCGCCUGAAUCGAUUUCCCAUCGCGAUAAUUUUUAAACCCAUUUCCAAUUUUCCAUCUUUUAAAAGUGAAGGUUUAUCAAGAAAGCAUUUUUGUUGAUCAAAAUCGAGUCUCUGUUGAAAUUGAUCAAAAGGGGCGUCAAGAAGUGAUCAAAGGGAGCGGCGAUGUUGAGCGGCGGUUGCGUUGAUCAUCGCAGCAGCGUGAACUCUUGUCAGCCGAGGGGGUUCUUGACGCCGCCGCCGACAUGGAAGGCGGAGCGGGGAUCUCCGGCGAUGCCGAGGUCGGAGAUGAAGCCCAAGGGAGAUCUGUUUCACGUCGUUCACAAGAUCCCUUCCGGCGACUCGCCUUACGUUAGAGCCAAACAUGUUCAGCUUGUAGACAAGGAUCCGAGCAGGGCGAUUUCCUUGUUCUGGCAAGCGAUAAAUUCUGGUGAUCGGGUUGAUAGUGCUCUGAAAGACAUGGCUGUCGUCAUGAAACAGUUGGACCGCUCAGAUGAAGCUAUCGAGGCCAUCAAGUCCUUUCGCCAUCUAUCUCCUGCCGACUCUCAGGAAGCCCUUGACAAUAUAUUGCUUGAACUCUAUAAGCAAUCAGGGAGGAUGGAGGAAGAGAUUAUAUUGCUUCAGUAUAAACUGAAGCAAGUUGAAGAGGGAAUGGCUUUUUCUGGGAGGAAAACGAAGAUUGCAAGGUCUCAAGGAAAGAAGGUUCAGAUCACAAUUCAGAAGGAGUAUUCAAGGUUGUUAGGAAAUUUAGCUUGGGCCUAUAUGCAACAGAAAGAUUUCAAAUCUGCUGAAGAACAUUACAGAAAAGCGCUAUCCUUUGAAUCGGAUAAGAACAAGCAGUGUAACUUGGCAGUCUGCUUGAUGCACAUGAACAAGCUGACAGAGGCCAAGUUUCUCCUCCAAUCAAUACCAUCUGAUAAUGGUGCUGUCGAUGAAUCUUAUGUUAAGUCAUACGAGCGUGCCUCUGAGAUACUGGCCGAGUUUGAGUCGCAGCGUGUUCUUAAGCCUAUGAAACAGAUGGAGCAGAAUAAUGAACCUGGGAUGGCACGAGGAUUUGUACAUGGACACAUCAGUAGAACUAAGUCAUUAGGCGGGCAGUGGGGAAGCAGUAGGUUCUGUUCUCGGAGACAUACUAACGAUAGAAAUGGCACGCUUUCGUCUCCUCUGCCCUCAUCUGGCAAUAUGUGCAAAGGAGCAUCUACUGACUUUCCAUACGAGAAGAGGGCCGAUUUGGAUUGGAGGGCGAAUCAUUAUGAGCCUAAUGUGAGCCGGGAAGGAGUGAACUCUUUCCCCUACCGGAAUACUCCCAACGUUCCACUCACUCAACCAAGGAGAAGUACGCGCUAUGGAGAUCAAGUAAAAGCUGUUUUGACAGAAAACGCUAAUGGAGGUUAUUGCCGGAAACUGUCGUUUGGAUCAUCUGCCAGUAGUGAAUCUGUGCAUUCAUUUGCAAGCCAAAAUGCUGGCUACUAUUCUCAUGAUGCACCUGAUGAGAUGCCGAAUAUACUGCCACAGUUUUUGGCGAAGAAGAAUACAUGUGUGAAGCCAUUAGAAGCUAAUGAAGAAGGGGUGAAUACUUUGCCUUCUGCUGACUUUGGAAAAGUAGAAGAAGGCAAGAAUCGGACUCUUGAGAUUUCAAGUCGCGAGCAGCAUAAGAAGAGCUGGGCUGAUAUGGUCGAAGAAGAAGACGAAGAAGAGUUUGGAAGCUGGAGUAACAAUUAUCCAAAGAUCAGUCAGAAAACUUAUGCUUCAACGGACCCGUUCAACGAUGAGAAUGUUAACUCCAACAUAAUCCCCGAGACUCCCAAGCUGCACGAUGCAGAUGAUGAAGUAAGUCAGGAGAUGGGUUCGAUCGAUCUUGGAGGCGGAUAUCUGACUCAGCCAGAGAAAAUCGCGCUGCCAAAGAACCAGCCAUUGAGACGUUCUCUGUGCUUUGAUCAGAACCACAACCUCAACAUACAAAACGUCCGCUGUGCUUCACCGUUGGCAACCAAAGCUCUCGACUUUGAAGGCCAAACCGGAGAUCUCAGUGUUGGAAAGUCCAAGAACCUGAGGAGGCUGCAGGUUUUCCAGGAUAUAACGAGUGUUCAUGCAAGUCCUCGACACUGAGAUCCGAGUUCUGGCUUUGAUUUUCCUCUUUCGAGAUUGUGCACAAAUAUUAUGUUAUAGUUGUAACAACAAUAUAUCACACUGAAUCAAAUAUACUGCAAAUUGUAUAACAGUUGUACA